AUGAGUUCUUAUUAUGUGGAUGGUCUUCUUAGCAAAUCUACUGCGGCCAGUUCCCUCUUCUCAAACGCAGCGCGAGCCUCUUGCGGUAUUGGACCCAAUGGAGACAGCCAGUGCUCAGCUCGGACUGCUGCGGCCAUCUCGUUCGCUCCGUCCUUCCCUGGAGUUUACGGCGGCGGCAGCGCGGCGUACCGGAGCCAUCCGGUCUGCACGCCGGGCUUCGGCCGGGGGCAAGACGCACUCACGCUGCAAUGCAGCCCGUUUGACCAGAGCCGCCUGUUCAGCGACAGCUGCUGUCACCCCGGGCCGGGACCCCUCACCUCGCCGCCGGACAAACCAUACCGGAUGUACCCCUGGAUGCAAGCCUCAGAUCCAAACAGGAGGAGAGGCAGGCAGACCUAUUCCCGGUACCAGACCCUGGAGCUGGAGAAGGAGUUCCACUUCAACCGGUACCUGACCCGCAGGCGGAGGAUCGAGAUCUCCCACGCGCUCUGCCUCUCGGAGAGACAGAUCAAGAUCUGGUUCCAGAACCGCAGGAUGAAGUGGAAGAAGGACCACAAAGACGAGCCGGUGUCCGACCCCACGGAGGACCGCCGGGAGGAUAUUCAGCCGGUAACCGGGGCCGGAGAGGAAGACCACCGGGGAUUCAACGUGGAGCUGGAAACGACUGCAAAGUAA